ACCGGCUUAGCGGCUGGGCGGAGAAAGCAGAAGAGGGGAGGCAGGCAGAGGAGCUUGUUGCUGCUUUCGGCGAAGGGAGGACCGUCGCGGCGUGGCGGCAGCAGCCGUUUAGCGGCCAACCUGACCCUGUUUCGCUCCAGCCCGGAGUCAAGCUUCGGAGAGACCUGUCCGGGGAGCGCGCAUCUCAGGAGAGGAGACGGAGUGGGUUUCCUUAGGCGCGAGGAUGAUAAGCGACUGUGGCCCCAGAGCGCUCCGGGGCCCCCAGUGAGGAACCGGCAGCGCGCUUACAGCCCGCCGGGGAUGGCAGCGCCGGCUGAGGCGGAGUCCAGCCAGCCCCUCGCCUCAGCUCCCGCGCCGCCGCCGCCCGAAAAGAAGAAGCUACAGCGAGCGCCGUCCCCGGCCAGACCCAAGGAUGUCCCCGGCUGGUCGCUGGCCAAGACCCGGCGCGGCAGUCACCCGGGCUCGCCCGCCUCGUUCUCCUCCGGGAAGCCGGGCGCGGGGGGCGGACACUCGCGCCGGGCUGGGGGCGCCAAGGAUGGCCGCGGCGACAAGAAGGGCAAGGCCACGCCGCCAGUGGGGGCGAGGGGCGUCGGGAAGAGCUCGGCAGGCCGCGCCGGGGCCCGAAUGAAGGGGCGGAACCGCCUGGCCGCGGCGGGGGGCGAGGGGGCCACGACCUCCGGCGGCUCCGGGAAAGGGUCGUCGUCGCGCCCUCAGCUGCCGCUCGCCCUCACGGACAGCAGCUCGGAGGUGUCGGACUGCAGCGCCUCGGAGGAGGCCAAGCUGCUGUCGCUGUUGGAGCUGGGCGGGCUGAGCGGCGGCGGCAGCGACACCGAGUCGCCCCCGAGCAGCAGCGCCCCAGCCCAGCCCGCCAGCGCCUCCGCCGACGGCGCGUCCCCGCUGCCCGAGGACCCGUCGACGGCCGCCUCGCUGGCCAGCAGCCGCCUUCCUCUCAGCACCUCGCUGGCCUUCUCCGACCUCACCGAGGAGCUGUUGGACGCGGGCGUCGCCCGGGAGCUGGAGGAGCUGCGCUCCGAGAACGACUAUCUCAAGGAUGAGAUUGAGGAAUUGCGGGCUGAGAUGCUGGAGAUGAGAGACGUCUACAUGGAAGAAGAUGUCUACCAGCUACAGGAGCUCCGGCAGCAACUGGACCAAGCCAGUAAGACCUGCCGCAUCUUGCAGUACCGUCUGCGAAAGGCAGAGCGGCGCAGCCUUCGUGUGGCACAGACUGGCCAGGUGGAUGGAGAACUCAUCCACGGCCUUGAACAAGACGUCAAGGUAGCCAAAGAUGUCUCUGUGAGGCUCCAUAAUGAACUGGAGACAGUGGAGAAAAAACGGAUUAAGCUGGAGGAUGAGAAUGAGGACUUGCGCCAACGGCUCAUUGAGAGUGAGUUGGCUAAGCAGGUGCUGCAGAAUGAGAUGGAUAAGCUACGGGAGAAUUCUCUGAAGAAAAGAGGAUCACGUUCUCUUGGGAAGACAGACAAGAAGUCAUCUGUCCAGGAGGACAGCGCAGACCUCAAGUGUCAAUUGCAUUUUGCUAAGGAGGAAUCUGCUCUGAUGUGCAAGAAACUGAGCAAGUUAGCCAAAGAGAACGACAGUAUGAAGGAGGAGCUGACGAAAUACAGAUCCUUGUAUGGGGACCUGGAGAGCUCCCUCUCCAUAGAGGAACUGGCUGACUCCCCUCAUUCCAGAGAGGCAGAGCUAAAAGCCCACCUGAAGCUUGUAGAGGAAGAAGCCAACAUCUUGAGCCGGAGGAUAGUAGAACUUGAGGUUGAGAACCGAGGGCUGAGGGCAGAGAUGGACGACAUGAGGGGCCAAGGAGACAAAGAACUCUUAGGGCAAGACAUCCGGUUUGCCUUCUCCAUGACAAACUGCGGGGACUCUGGGGACAGUGUGGUGGAGCUCAGGCGGCACUUGCAGUUUGUGGAGGAGGAGGCAGAACUGCUAAGGCGCUCGCUGAUGGAGUUGGAGGAGCAGAACAAGCUCCUCAUGAAUGAGCUCAAUAAGUACAAGUCAGACCACGACCUGGAUAUCACUCUGUCUGAGGACAGCUGCUCGGUGAUUAGUGAGACCUCCCAAGAAGAACUGGCCACGGCCAAGGUCCAAAUCAGUGAGCUAAGUGGCAAGGUUAAGAAGCUCCAGUAUGAGAACCGUGUCCUGCUCUCCAACUUGCAGCGCUGUGACCUUGCUUCCUGCCAGUCCACUCGGCCCAUGCUGGAGACGGAUGCUGAGGCAGGCGACUCUGCCCAGUGCAUCCCAACGUCGCUUUGGAGAGAGGUGCCCAUUGGGGGAGAGAAUGAUGCCAAGGAGAGAGCACCUGGCAAUGGCUUUAGCAAGUCGCAUGAAAGCAGCCCCUGCAGGCUUCUCAAGUCCAAGGACUUUGAGACCCUCCUUGACAUCAGGGACCAGGCUGCACUUGUCAGCAAAGCCAUUGAUGUCCUGAUCUCUGAUGCCAAUGGCUUCACCUCCAGCCUCAAGCUCUGCAUGGACAAUGACUGUGCAGAGCUGGUGCUGAGUGAAGCUAUGGAUAAUGAGAGUAUGACUGACUCUAAGCUGAUCAGUGCCAUUUUGAUGAGGCUUGGGGUCCUUCAGCAGGAGCUAAACAACUUCAUGAGGAAGGUGGACUACAUUGGAGACCACCUGAAAGACCAGAAGGACUCCUUGCCAAGCGCCAGCUCCCAGGAUUCCACAAAAGAGGCUCUGCAGAAAGCUCAUGGCUCUGAAUUCCAGCAGUCUGACUUUAGGGAGCCCCCCGACUGGGACAUCACGGAGAGCAGGACCUCUGAUCUCUACCGCAGUAGCAGCAGCAACAGCACCGCCACCAUGGAUGUGGAUCCCAACAUGGAACUUGACCGGAGCUACAAGUCAUAUCAACCAGAGGAGAAGGACUCCUAUGUGUCUGAGAUCAAAGAAUUGCAACUGGUCCUUUCAGAGGCUAAUGAGAGUUUGAGGGGCCUACAAGAACAACUCUCCCAGGAGAGGCAACUGAGGAAAGAGGAAGCAGAGAACUUCACCCAGAAAAUCUGCCAGUUGAAGGAAGAUCACCAGAAGGCCCUCUUGAGGCGAGAAUUUGAGCUGCAGAGCCUGAACCUUCAGAGGAGACUGGAGCAAAAGUUCUGGAGCCAGGAGAAGAACCUUCUGGUGCAGGAAUCCCAGCAGUUCAAGCAAAAUUUCUUGCUCCUUUUCAUGAAGCUCAAGUGGUUUCUGAAGCAUUGGAGGCAGGGAAAGAUCCUACAAAACGAGGGCAAUGACUUCUUGGAGGUGAACAGCAUGAAAGAACUGUACCUGCUGAUUGAAGAGGAGGAGCUGAACCCCCAGCAGCAAGCAGAUAACAAGAUGUGUAUCAGAGAUACCUGGUCCCAGGACUCGGUGAGAUGUGAUGAGCAGGCCAAUGAGUAUAUCAAGACCCUAUCAGACAUGAAGGUGACUUUGAAGGAGCUGUGCACAGAGUUGCGUGAAGAGAGAAGAGGCAUGAACGAGCUGCAGCAACAGUUUGCCAAGGCUAAGGCAACCUGGGAAAUGGAGAGAACUGAGCUCAAAUGUCUCAUCGCACAGCUGGAAUCCAAGCCUGGGAAAGGCUUGACAGAGCGAGCACUCUCUGACUGGAAGACAGCUCUGAAGAGGGAGAGGGAGGAGCACCAGCACCUCCUGGCCGAGUCGUACAGCGCCGUCAUGGACCUGACCAAGCAGCUGCAGAUCAGCGAGAAGAACUGGGAUCAGGAGAAGCUGGAGCUGCUGGACCGAUUCAAGGAUGAACGGCAGCAGGCAGAGCAGCAAGUGAAGGAGCUGCAGAACAAAAUAAAUCAGCUGCAGAAGGGAGCUGACCUCUGGGCUUUGAAAAACUCUGAAAUGGAGAAGCAUGGCAGUAGUUGGAAAGAGACUCUCAAUGAGAAAAUCACCGACAAAGAAACUGUUUCCGAAACAGACAUGAAAGGAAGCAACUUAAAAAGGACCAAGUCAGUCUCCUCAAUGUCUGAAUUUGAAAGUUUGCUUGACUGUUCUCCUUAUCUUCCUGGCAAAACCAGUCCCAUCAUCACAGACAACGUCCGCGGCAAAAAGGGCUCUCCAGCUACACAGGUGUUGCCUGACACUUUGAAGGACCCUGCAGGGUUUGCCCCCAAUAACUGUGCCUAUCUGAAUAGUGAGCAACCCAUGCCAGAGAGCCUGACCACAGAGAAGCUGGAUGUCUCGUCAUGCAACUUCACCCAGACAAGCAGCUUCUCUGUGCGGGAUCAGGCCCAGAAGCAUGUGCAGAGAAGCUACACUGCUCCCGACAAGACUGGGAUCCGCAUAUAUUAUAGCCCACCGGUGGUACGUAGGUUGGAAUCGCCCCUAGUACACAAGAGAGACGGGAAGAUAAUGGUUGAGCCUGGCUUCCUGUUCACCAUGGCCAAGCCUAAGGAAGAAUCGGACAGCUCCGAAAACAUGUACAGCCGGUGGCUGUGCAACUUCUCCAAGCAGCACCGAGAGCUGCUUGACAGCAGUACUGUGAGCGAGAAAGCUGUGGCCCCUGUGCCCAGAUUUCCGCCUUCCCUGCAUGACCUUGAGAUCUCCGGCAACAUGAGCGACGACAUGAAGGAGAUCACCAACUGUGUCAGGCAAGCUAUCCGCUCCAGCUCCCUGGAGAGAAAGGUUAAGAGCACUUCCAGCCAGACAGUAGGAUUGGCCAGUGUUGGCACCCAGACUACCCAGUUUGUCAGCAUCGGUCUGCAGACAGACAUGCCCAGGGGCAGCAUACACAGCAGCAAGAGCUGGUCCCCACGAAGCUCCUCCCUUAUAUCCGUUCGCAGCAAGCAGAUCUCGACCUCUCUGGACAAAGUCCACUCCAGGAUCGAACGGCCCUGUUGCUCCCCCAAGUAUGGCUCUCCGAAACUCCAAAGAAGAUCAUCUUCUAAGCUGGACAGCUCCAAGGACCGAAGCCUGUGGAACCUCCAUCAGACUAAACAGAAUGGCUCAGCCUGGGCUCGUUCCACCACCACUAGAGACAGCCCAGUUCUCAGCAACAUUAAUGAUGGCCUGUCCAGCUUGUUCAAUGUUGUGGAGCAUUCUGGGAGCACAGAGUCCAUCUGGAAGCCAGGAUGCCAGGAAAGCAAAGCCAAGCCAGAAACUCCUAAGUACGGGAUAGUGCAGGAGUUUUUCCGGAAUGUGUGUGGCAGAACUCAGAGCCCCACUUUGGCUCCAGAGAAAAAAGACCCAGUAGGAGGAGACAGCAGCAGUAGCAAGAAGCCGGAGCAUUCCUCCUCAGUUGUGCUCCAGCAGUCUGAAAGUGCCCCCAAGGUCCUUGACAAAAAGCCCUUGAAGCAGAGCUGCAGCGAGGAACCAAAGCUGUCCAUCCCAAGCCAAGGUGGCAAGGACAGAGUCUUAAAGGAGCCAGACAUCAUCUCUGCUAUUAUUGCCAAUGAGGACAUGGCCUGUGAUUGCAGCUCCCAGUCGCUGACUUCCUGUUUUGCUCGGCCAUCGCGCUCAGCUGUCCGCCACUCCCCUUCCAGGUGCAAGCUGCACCCUUCUGAUGGCAGCCGGGUAGAAGAGAAAGCAGGGCCUCUGAGUGAGUGAGAGGCUGCGCUUGCUGCCGUGCUGAUGGAAGAGCAACCUAUGCGCUGGAACUGCCAGUCCCUCCGGCACCUCUGGGACUGGUUACUUCUGAGCCAGCUGCAGAUGAGGGGCUCUGCUCUUAGAUACCCAGGGUGACACCAUGCACCUCCUGUCUCACCUUAGCUCAACAGGGAUACCGGCAGCACAGAGGCUGUGCUAUGUGGGCAGGGGACAGAGUGGGAGAGUCUUGCUAGAGGUGUGGUUUCUCGGUCACUGGAAACCUUUCUGUCCCUCCCCCCUCUCAGUAGGAACAUGACCUCCAAGAGCUGGACAUUGCCAGAGUCUCGUGAAGCAGUCUGUACUGUUUCCAUGGCAUUGUGUGUGUGUGUGAGAGAGAGAGUGAGAGCGCGUUUGUGUCACCAGUUUGAGGAGAUGCAUCUCUCUCCUUUGUGCAAAAGGCAUCACAGUGAGGGAUUAGGGAGUGCAGUAUCAACAAAGCUGCUUGGCCCCUCCCUGCCUUGGUCUCGGGGUGGGGAAGGAGAACAGCAGUCCUUCAGGAAACAGCUGGUUUCAAAGCCUUAAGAACUCCUCUCAGAACAGCUGUACUAUAGGAUUUCCCCAGAACGAGGCAUUCAAUAUGGUGUACAGAGAAAGAGGGCGGUGGGAGGGUGCUAGCAAAAUUGCCACCAGGAAAUGCCACCAUAGCAUAAGUGCUCCAGGCUGUUGUGUACAAGUAGAUUGGAAAAGCCCUGGACUUGCUCUGCAACCAUAUUUGCAUGGAUAGUUUCCCCCAGGUGUGCCCAACAUACAAUACCAGCACUAGGCCAUGCACCCAGCCUGUACUGUGGUGCACAGUAUGGUCUAUUCAGAGUGCUGACACUCUUGAUAAAACAAGAGCACAGUUUUGCUCUACCGGUUCUCCUGCACCUGACCUGUGGGAAACAGUCCUGCAAGCAUGGUCUGUGUUGCCUUCCUGUCCACGUGCAUCAAACUUCCCAUGAUUACUGAAAUGCAUCAGUAGACCUGGAUUUUUUUCAUCUUCAGGCCUCUGAUGCCAUCUCCAUGGCUCAGAACAAUUGUUGCUUUGUAUCAGCCUCUGUGCUUGGCUGCUGCGGUGCAGUUGAGCACCAGGAGUUCACAGAAAGGGUAUGCUGAGUCCUCCGUGUCUACAAUUCCAGUCUGUUUCCAUUUCUCCGUGCCCUACACAAUGGGUAGCUGCAAUUAUUCCUAAGGAGAGUUGCUUCUGUCAUUUGUUGUUGCUUGUUUUUCAACUGGAAAUCUGAAAACCCUUUGUUGCCUCUGUAAGAAUAGUUAGUUUAACAGAGAGGAAAUUGCUUGAGUGCAGAGGUGAACAAGCACAGAGCCCAUAGAAUGAAAAUACAGAUGAGACAGUGAAUGGGUAGAAGAGGUACCAUCUUUUCAGUGCUGCAGAACAUUCCAAGUUCCACAGGAGACAGGGGGUUGUGUGCCUGCUGCAUAUAUCUCAGGACAGAGCUUCUCCUAUGGUUGCUGCCAGUGCUCUACUAAAUAUUUUGAUGGUUGCUAGUUCCUGUGAGUCAACCCUAUUCCAGAGAAAAGGUAUUUAUGGGGAUCCUUCAGCAUCCAGCAUAGUGCAUUAUCUGCUCAUACAAACAACUUUCAGGGCUCCAGCAGAGGAUCUCUCUUUUAAUUGACUCGUCUGCUUUGCUGAGGGAUUUGGGGAGUAGGCAAGUUUUGCUGCUGCUCCACCUCCAGAUUCAGUAGCACAGAUUUGUGUGUAUUGCAACUCUUUGUAGGUCACACUUCUGCAGGGAUGUGAUCUGAAAGGUAGGACAAUUCUGGGUCACAGUACAUACACCACUGAGUGGAACAUAUGCGAGAGCAAGCCCUGGCUUCCUUGAAAGUACCCUUCCAGAGAGAGCUGGCUCUUCAGGAACUGUGCCACUCGAGAAUGCAGCUGGGGGAUCAGAAGUUAGAGUGGUUGUCCAUGUAAAAGAGAAAAAGCAACUCAAAAUUCCCUGCGGAUAGAAAACUUGAAUGUCAGGCAGAAUAAUCAGCUAGAACACACUCUACCUCUGACACGUCUGCUUUCCACAGGCUGGGCACUUGAUGUGAGCAAUUGUUUAAACAAGCCACGUCACCCACUCGUGAAGUGGUAUAAUCACAUGGAAGGGCUGUGUACUAUGUGGUUUUUAGUUUUUGUUUAAAAAUAUACAUCAGCCUUCAGAGAGGAUUUGGAAGGAAUAUUCUUUAGAGGUGCAGUAGAACCUGACUGAUCCAUAUCAGAAUCUCAGUGGGUCAGUUUUUUGUUAUUAUAAUAAAACAGCCGGUCAUCCUUAUAGUCUACAGAGAAGAUUAUCACAGCCUCCUCUAUCAAUGAGAUUGAAAAAGAGGCUUGAAAAGCUGAAAUGAACAUGAAAUUUCUUAAACCCACAAAUCUUUGCAAGCAGGCAACAUUUUUUAAAAAAUAAAUCUUCUGAAACCUGCAUUUUGGCUGACUUUCAAUUGAUACCUUGCAAGUCAUAAUUUUUAAUUUGUAUUUUUAAUUUGAGUUUUAGGUUUUUGUCAUUUGUGUGAUAAAAUUCAGAAGUUCAAUUCAUUAUGUAGCUAAUUAGUAAUGCAGCAAUGUAAAUGUCUGUGACAUCAUAUUAUUUAAAAUAACUUGCAAAACAAGAAAAAUAUUGUUUUUUAUUUUUUUGUAAACCUUUGACAUGUUUACAACUGAAGAGACCAUAGACAUGGCUUGGUGUACUUUGUGCUAAUAUUUUUUCCUAAAUUCUGCACCAAGCUAAGCUGAAUUUUGCAGUGAAUAAAUUCUGCUGACUAUAUUUGCUUAUUUUUGCCUACUAUUAUUCUGCUUCUCCCAAGGCAUGGAGAGGGGCAAAGGUCUGGGCAGAACAGGGUGACUUCACCCUGGCACCUGGAGAUCCAGAUCAGCCCCUUAUCCUCUGCUCGUCAGAUUCAACUAAGACCACUCAUCCCAUUGCUCAUAUACUUUCAUGCACAUCUUUACUUGAAGGACUAGAGUGGCCCUCAAAUGAGCUAGAACUUGAGAGAUUUUGCUUUUGCAAUCUCUCCCCAUCCCCAACGAGGAAUAUUUCUGAUUGAUUGGUCUCAAAUAUUUGCAGCUCACUUAUCACUAACACAUCAUAGUCAAUCUGCCUUGGUCCUUCCACUGAAUCUUCUUCAAUUGUAAGCUCUAUUGUUUCUUUACAAAAACAUUAGAUGAAAGAGACCAAAAAGCCAUUCAUAAAAUGGUAUUUGAGGAAUGAAUGAUUCCUCUGGGAAUCAUGUCUGAGUGCCUCUUACUCUACAGAAAACUACUGCUUGCUUUCUUGCCAAGUGAUGGGCACCUGAUUCUCCUGCAGCCUUCCUUGUCCUGAAGUGCAUGUCCAUUGUGUUUGUUAUUAAAGGUCCAUGGGUCGGAUUCAGCUAGCCCAUUCCACCACCGGAAGCCAGUGCAAGGGCUCCCACUAGCACAUUGGAGCAUGCUCUUCUCCCCCCAUGCCUUCCUCCAGAUCUGCUCUGCAAGGUCAGUGCAGUGUACAGUGGGAGGAAAGCGGAGAUCAUUCUCUCAGGCAAUAAAUGCUUGUGCUGAUGGAGUGACCUCCAUAGUGCUGUAUUGAAUUCUACCCCAUGCUGCUAUUUUUAGCAACAGAGAUGCUUCAGGGGGACCUGAAACUUCAUCCACCUGAGUUCUUUGUGCUUGCUUUCAAAGAAGCACACAUAGGAUUGCAGCCGAAGGGAGACAUAACAGUUUCACUCCCCAUAGCGUUGCUGUCCAAGAUGUCUCUGGUUUGGGUUAAAAGCAAGAAAAGCAAAACAACAUCAGGGCUACAUAACAAAAGCUUUGGUAUUCCCUGCAGCCAAUUGAUCAGUUUAGUGUACUUUUUUCCUGUGCUUUGGCACCUUCAGAAUGUAUUAGCUGAUGAGGUUAAACUAAAUCCCAGCGAAGGCUCACUGAAAGCAUCUUUCUGCUUCCUGUUUUGAUGCAGCAACAGGCUAUGUUGAGCACUGGCCAAGGGGCAGAGAAACCAAUGUAACUUUAAAUCCUUGAUCUCCAAAGGAGUUUCUUUAAAUACUGCUGUUCUCUAAAUUUGGGAGUAGGGAGCUAGGUGAGGCAGGCAGAAGAUGAGCUAAAAUAAAAAUACCUAUUGGAUUAUGGGAUUGCAGGUGCCAAGCCAGGGGCACUGUCCUUGUAUGACAGUCUGUGGAUCUGCUCAUUGUGUUUCACGGGGAUAGUGAGCUCAUUCUCAGGGGAGACAAUCAGCCCUGAUGUCUAAUAUGGAGCUGGUGAAACAUUAUUUCAGGGGCCUGGAGGAGGCUGGAAGCAACUCUGCGGAAUGCCAUCAGACAUUCCCAGCCUAAGAAUCUGUAUGCUGGUAAUUGCCUGGAUAUACUUGCUUGGCUGAACAGACAGGCUGCUAACACUGCCUUGGCAGAGCAAAGAGG